UCGCGAGGAAGGGUUGUCGUCACUCCCCAGCCCUGGGACUUCACCCUGGGCUCAAUUUCGCGAUAUUCGUCGAAUCUCCUGCUGUCGUGACCCAACCCAUCCCAUCCCAUUGGGCUCAGCUCAGAGCCCAGCAGCUGAGUACGAGUUCGCAGCCUGACACUGCUCCGGUGCCACCGGCGCUCGAAGCCGCAUUCUCUUUCUCCAUUCCCGAAGACGAUCAAUUCAUUUUUUUAGUGCUCGCAGCUGAGCAGAGCAUCUUACCAACUUUGGCUGUCUCGAGGCCUGGGAUUCGUGCGCUGCGGGUCGUUAACCAUGGUGGGAUCCCGGUGUGUACUGGCCAUGUCUGGCCUUGGUCUGGAUUUGUGCUCUCCGAUCAGGAACCCGACCAUAUCCGCUCAUUUGGAUUCGAGCUCCUGCAAUACCAGGAACGUUUCCUGCAAGUAUUCUGUGGCUCCACAGAAACAACCCUCUAACACAGUGGACGAUGGGAAAAAUGAGAGCAGUGGGUUUUCUCCCAUGAGCAUAGGUUCUGCAGCGGUCAAUGCGUUAUUUUCGUACGAACCUUUUUUCAAAUUUGCAGCAGGCCAGGCAAGAAGUAUGAUCAUUGAAAGGGGUACAGAAAUUGGGCAUCCUUGGGCCCCGGAGCUUGCGAAACUUCGCACCCAUGAUUGGUCUGAGGAACUGAAAAAGGCUCAAAAUAAGCAAGUGGAAUACCCAUCGUACUAUUUGAAGCCCUUCCAUGCCUAUGAAUAUGGAAACUUGUCAUGGGAUGCCGCCUGGGAGGUGGAGCUCGCAGCAAAAUCGGUCCAUGCCAACAUUUUUGAUCCUGAGAAACAAAAGCUGGAUCCAAAUGGAGAUGCAGAAUUGAGGAACUCUUAUCACAGGACGAUGGUACCCAUGCUGAAAACUACUCCUCACGCUAUUGUGGAUCUUGGUUGUGCAACGGGGCUCAGCACGUACGGACUUCAUGAGGUUUUCCCCAAUGCGCUCACUGUUGGGGUAGAUCUGUCACCAUAUUUCAUUUCUGUCGCCAACUUUCGUCAAAAACAAAGGAGUCCGAGCAAGUCAGUACAAUUUCUCCAUGGAGCAGCAGAGUACACCGGAUUACCAUCAGGCGCUUAUGACCUAGUCUCUCUUUGUCUAGUGUGUCAUGAACUUCCACGCACAGCCACCAAGCAGAUAAUUGAAGAAGCACAUCGACUUUUGAAGCCGGGAGGUGCUCUUGCCAUUAUGGAAAUGAACCCCUACAGCCCUCUUCUUCAGAAAAUGGUCACCAAUAUCUUCGCCUUCACAGCCUUCAAAGCGACAGAACCCUACUUCGAUGAUUACAGAACGUUCGGAAUAGAGAGAGCUAUCGAAGAGAGGGGCUUCUCUUUUCCAACUCAAACAGAAUGUUCACCGAGGCAUAGAACAAUUGUAGCCCACAAGAAGUAGUUUACCCGUUAGACAGACUUUGUGUUCGAUAUAGCUAGAUCCUUAAUUGUACAAAAAUGAACACAAUUAUUUGAACAAAAUUCAAUCCAUCCUCUUACUGGUUUGGAGAAUCUCAUCCUAUGAGAAAGAAGACGUCUGAUCAUGAAAGUCGGAAAUUUCUCGCGAAUAACUGCCCUACUGUUGUUAAUGUUUCGCAUAGUUCUGUAUUAUUUUUAUAGAUAC